AUGAUUAAGAUUAAAGCCAGGCAAGUUAGCAAGUUUAAAAUAGAUGAAGCGGCACAUCUAAUUGUAUUUUACCGGUUAAACUAUUAUGGUAAACGCGCACAGGCCAAUGAAGUGGUCGAUAUAAUGAAAUCAAAUGUUAACAAGGUGAAUGAACGUGGUUAUAAACUCGAUGACCUGAGUGAAAGGGCAACUGCCUUACAAGAAGGUGCUGGGAAUUUUAAAACAAGUGCUAAACGUAUGCGGCAACAUUACUGGUGGCAAAAUUAUAAAUUAAAAAUUAUAUUAGCAUCAAUUGGUGUUUAUAAGUGA